UCGAUCACUUUAUCUCUCUCUCUCUCUCUCUCUCUGCCUGUCUGAGCUUUGAGCUCUCUCACCUGCCGCUCUUCUCCGCUCGCUUCGAUUCAAACCACUGAGAAUUCACAUCUCCGCCGCAUCGAAGGAUCGAUCCCGAGCUGCAAUGGAGGCCUCCCUUCGCCACUGAUGAGGUUUCUAUGCUUGGGACAUGGUUAUUGGUAUUAUACUCCAUUAAGAGAAAGGAAUUGGUGUCCUUGAAUGACUGUAGGGUUGUAGUGAAACUAUGAUAAUGUGGAGGGAUCAGAUUUCAGUCUGAUCUGUUCUAGGUAGUUCUUCAUCAAUUGCAAUCUUUUUGGUGAAAAUCUAUUGGAUCCUCUAUGCCUGGCAACGGAGUUGGAGACAGGGUUCACAAUUCCUUUGACCAGGAGAACUUAUCCCAGGGUCAGCAUCACUUUAAGGCUGUUGACAAGAACUGGCCAGGGUUAAGUAACAAUAUUUGGGUUGGAAGCCAGACUCAGAAUGGGUUUCCUUUAAUUUCCAACUUAAAGAAUUACAGUGUGCCCCAAUCAGCAAAUAUUGAAAGUGGACAUGGAAUUCCAUCUUACCAAGCAGUCAAUGGCUUGAACUCUGCACAACCAAAUUUAAGGUCUGAGGUUGCUGGAAGUCAGUUUCAGAACCAGCAGACGGCAUUGAAUGGCUUUAUGCAAGGGCAUGCGGCUGCAAGGCAAUAUGAAGCAAACUUCUUGGGCAUGGAUGUUGAUUCUUAUCAGAAUAAUGUAACAUCUAAGGGUUUAUCUAUUCUUGAGUCCCACCACGGAAAUGGGCCUGAUUUUCAAAAGAAAGACUUUGGAAGGUUUCCAAAUGUUCAACCUCCUGUAAGUGUUAAUGCUUUUGGAGGUCAGGAGCAAAUGGGUGGUCAGCAUCCUGCUCUGCUGCAAUCAUUGCAGAGGCAGCAGUCUGGGAUUGGUGACAUGCAGCUCCUGCAGCAGCAAAUGAUACUUAGGCAACUGCAAGAUACUCAAAGACAGCAGCUUCAGCAACAAGGAAUUUGGCAGCAAAACGCCCCCAUUAAUUUACUUUCAACCCUGGCAAAUCAGUCAGCUGCUAACCAUUCACCGGCACUCCUUAAUGGCAUUCCUGUGCAUGAUUCAUCUAAUAAAUCGUGGCCUGAACUCUUUGCAAAUAAUCCCAACAGGCAGCAGCUCAGUUCUUCUGCAGUUAUGCAGGGAUCGUCAAGUGGAUUUGAGCUUUCCUCAGAACAAAACCAAGCAUUGCGCACAAUGGGUUUGGUUCAUCAACAGUGUGAUCAGUCUCUUUAUGGGGUCCCUGUCCCUGUCUCCAGGGACAAUCUGAGUCAAACAUCCCAGAUUCAGAGUGAGAACCCUGCAGGGGAGCAGAUAUCUUCCUUUGGAAAUGCCUUCUCAAGGAAUCAACAUGCUGCACCAUCGGAUCAUGACACCAAGGAUGGACCUUUGGUUUCAAGGCAGGUUGGUUCUGCUGCUGCUUAUAAUUCUACGGGUGGAUUUGAGUCAAGUAAUUUGCGGCAAGUGCUUUCCUCACAAAGAAAUGUAUCUGUGCAGGAAUUUCCAGGGAAACGAGAGUUGACUGGUUUGUCUGCCACAGCACAAGAGAAAUCGCAGAAUGUGGCCACUCUAGAUCCUGCUGAGGAAAAGAUUUUAUUUGGUUCAGAUGACAAUUUGUGGGAGGCUUUUGGUGGAGAAAUGAAUGUAGGCCUUGGAGGUUUAAAUAUGUCAGAAGGUAGUGGUUCAUUUGGAGGGAUUCCUUCCCUGCAAAGUGGGAGUUGGAGUGCUCUUAUGCAGUCUGCACUAGCAGAAACUUCUAGUGUGGAAACAGGGCAACAGGAAGAGUGGAGUGGUCUGAGUUUUCGAUCUACUGAACCUCCAACCGGUCACCAGCAGCCUUCAACCUUUAAUAGUGGUGGCAAACAGGAACGACAAGCAAUUUGGGAUGAAAGCAACAUGAGGGCCAACUCUGGCUUUGUGGGUGCUCCAAGCCAUCAAUUGGAGCAUAAAGCUUCACAUGAGAGGAGCGAGAAUUUUCGAUCUGAUUCUUCUCCUAGAUAUAUGCAGGAUUUUUCGGAAGGAAAUAAACGCUUGGAGCCGAGUAUGCUAUCGAAGUCUUCUACUGACGGCAUUCGGGUUGGAGGAAAGGUUGAUAAUUCUUCAAACGCCGACAAAAGGCAGUAUAGUUCAGGUACAUGGACCCAUCAACAGAGCAUGUCUUCUUUUGAUGCACGUGCCCAGUUGGAUGACAGAGCUAAUGGCUGGAAUAGGAUUGACUCUAGGGUGCCUAGUGAGGGUGCUACUCUGAAGACCCAUAGUAGCGACAUGGGACUACAACCUUCUCAGAGCGGCAGUCACAAUAGACAGGCACAUGAGAUUCAUGGAUCUACUGCUGGAAGAACCGACUCAUUUCAUGGUCUUGGAGGCACAAUGCUACACAGGCAAGAUUCUUCAAGUAAUGCUGCAGUAAAUUCAAGCAACUCAAGAGGCUUUCAGGAAAGUACCCAGUGGCUUCAGAACAAUCAAAGUUUUAAUUUAUGGAGGCAAGUUGAUUCUUCAGCAAACUCUAGAGGAAAAGGUCACCACUCGGAUAAGGGCUCUAAGAUGUUGGAGUCCCCAGGCAACGGUGACGUGCAUGAGCGGCAGAAUUCCAAUAAGAGGGAGAACUCAAGUGGUAGUUUCCCAUCAAAUGUAUCUCGCCAUGCCUCACCUGGUCUUGUACAAGAAAAUGCCUGUACAGAUGGCAGUUAUUCUCAUAGUUUGCAUGGUAGCAAGGAAAAUUCAUCUGGUCGAGCUGUGCAAAGACCUGCUGGAUUUCCAAAGUUUCAAUACCAUCCGAUGGGUGAUCUUGAUGUUGAUGUGGAUAGUUCCCGUGGAGCUAAGGGUGGUGCUUCUCCACAGGUUUCGAUCCAGCAAGUCUUUAAUAAGUUUUCUCCAGUUGGUGGAUCUGGUGGUAGCCACUCUACGAACAGAAGUGCUCAACCAAGUCAAAAUAUGCUUGAGCUUCUUCACAAGCUGGAUCAAUCAAAGGAACGUGAAGCUGCAUCUCACUUUAGCUCCUCUGAUCGAAAUGAUGCUCAUGAAGCCGAAACUUCUGAUGGAUCUGUUGGUCAACUUCAGCGGAACCAGUCUCCUGUUUCUCAGGGUUUCGGACUUCAACUGGGCCCUCCAUCCCAACGGUUACAAAAUCCAGAUCGUGCUUUUAUUUCUCAGAGCUCUUCACAGACUCCAAGUUCUCGCAUUUCGUCUGGUAGAUCAGAAGUGGGUCAUAUGCCAUUGGCUUCUACUCCCUCAAAUCGGUCCUUGUCUUCUUGGAAGGAAACAUAUGAAGGGGAAAACACAAAUCAUAUUUCUGGUGCAUCAGAACAGAUCAAUGAUAAAUCAUCCAUGGGUUUUAUUUCUGGAUUUCCUUUCUCAAGAAGUCACCUUCAAAAUCAGCGCGAUGCUGGAAGAGCUUUGCCUGGUCAGUCGAUCAAUCCAGCACUGCAUAGGCUAGCUUCCCAUUCAAAAGUGAUUGAGAACUCCUCUGAGGGAAUUUUACCGAGUCAAUCUGCUCUCCCUUCAGUUCCUGAGAAUUCUGUCAAUACUUCCAGAGGUAGCAAUGCUUCUAUUGCAGAAGGAGCCCAAACUGGAAUCCGGGCUCAUACUGGGCAUCUACCACAGCACUCCCUGGAGUCGGAGGCUGCGUCUAUGUCCCGACCUUCUCUUGUUCCCAGUGUUCCUCAACAGAGUGUCUUUUCAGGAGGUCUAUCAACCACCCUUCCUGGAAGUACUGUUUCUGGUUUAUUGAAGCCUCCAGUUCCAGCAAAUGACAAUGAUGUGCAGAAGGGAGUAGGUGGUGUGGCGGAACUCAGUGCCAGUGUAAGUUUCAAGCCACCAGAAUCAUCACGGACUGCCGAAGCGGCCCAAAGUACAUUGCAGGGGAAAGUUUCUUCAGUAAAUCAUGUUUCUGAUGCGUCUCUUACCCACACUGUUCAGAAUAGUAUUCCACAUCAGAACUACUCCCUGCUACAUCAAAUGCAGGCUAUGAAGAAUGCGGAGGUGGAUCCUAGUGAUCGGAAUUCGAAAAGAUUCAUGGGUCCUGAGAGUGGUAUCGAUUCUCAGACAGCUCCUUUGGGAGGGAACCAACUAUCCCAUGUUCACAGUGCUGCGGCUGGUGAUGCGUCAACACUACAUCCCUCUCUUCCAGGGGGAGAGACAAAAACAUUUAACCUUUCGGGGAAACAAGGUGAUAAUUGGGAUGCUAGUCCAGCUUCUCUGCACCUGGAUGCAAUAAGAAAUAGCGGUAUAUCACAUUCCUCUAGCAAUUAUGAGGCUUUUCUUAGACGUGAGCACUCUCAGGCUCCAACAUGGGUUGGUCAGCCUGGAACAUUGAGGAAUGGUCAGGUCUUACAAGUUCUUGAUGCUCAGAGGAUGGCUGCUAUAAAGCAUAUGGAACAGGCCCAGCUCGUUCAGAAGCCUGCUGAUAGCUUACGGGUUCAUGAACCAGCAAACCAGUUUCAAGCUGACUCUGAUGCCAGUCCUCCUGUUACAACUGGCUAUAGGUGGUUACCAACGUCAGCAAGAACCGAGAACAUUUCUUCCCAACAAUCAGUACCUCCAGAAGUUACUGAUCAGAGUCUGCUCAGGAAACAGAAGAAGCGCAAAAUUCCUGCACCUGAAGUUCAGGCAUGGCAUAAGGAAGUGAUGACCAGUGCUAGACUUCACAGUGCCAGUACUACGGAAAUUGAAUGGGCUCGAGCUGCUAAUCGACUGGUUCAGAAGAUGGAGGAUGAGACUGAAACAAAUGAAGAUGGACUGCCAUCAUUACGACCUAGAAAGAGGCUUAUCUUGACUACACAAUUGAUGCAGCAACUGCUUCGGCCUCCCCCAGCACCUUUUCUUGCUGGAGACGCCAGGUCGCACUAUGAGAACGUGACUUAUUGUGUUAGCAAGUUAGCUUUGGGGGAUGCAUGCCAAGCAAUCCAUUACUCCAGCCAUGAUCCUUCCAUGCCUAACAGCUCCGAGAAAGUCUUGCAAGAGAAGCCGAAAGUUUCGAAGAAAAGUGAUAAUGAAGACAUUGCAAAAGCCAUGGAAGACCUUCUUGGCAGAACAAAGAAGUUUGAGAACGAAUUGUUGAGACUGGAUCAGAGAUCUUCAAUGGUCGACUUGAGAGUGGAGUUGCAGGACAUUGAGAGGUUCUCCAUCAUCAAUCGAUUUGCCAAGUUCCAUGGGCGGAGCCAGUCUGAUGGGAGUGGGGCCCCAUCUUCUGAUCCGAUGGCUUAUGCUUCGAGACCCGUGCCCCAGAGAUAUGUGAUUGCGCUUCCAAUGCCGAGGAAUCCCCCUGACAGAGUACAAUGCCUCUCUCUUUGACCAUCACUGAAUAAAUUCUUCCCUGCCUUUUCUUUGUUCGGUCAAAAUGUCUCUUCAUCCCCUUCCAUUCUUCCGACAACAUUCGUGGGCACUUUUAACCAAUGUGAAGCCUCAAGAUACAACUGAACCUCAACAAAAGGGAUUCGGGUGAAUAUGCUCAGAGGUUGAUGGGUAAUCUUAUUCUUAGUUUUUAGGCUAUGGAUCACACACUCGAGAAGUACGAAGUUGGUCUCUGUAUAUUUUUCAUUCAUUAAGGUAGGGAAGGGGAAUGGCCCCCCAGCAUCAGUUCUUUUCCUCAUCAAAUGGGAUAGGGCAGAAGGCAUGAUUCAGGUUUGCACAGCUCCGAGUUUCGGGUAAUGUAUUCUGAUUUUUGUCAAAAAAUUAUUCUUUUCUUUUGGCAUUUCGAUUCGGGAAUCCUGCCAUAGCCAAAGGGAAUUGGAAAGAAUGGUUUCAUAAUCUUAUUGUCCACCAAUGAUGUUAUUUUGCACUUCAGGUAAUUAUAUAGACUCAGAUGCUGCUUUUGUUCUCUUA